UAUAACAUUGAGAAAUACUGUCAAUGAAAGAGAUGAAAAUCAUAUUAUGGUGAACUCGAAACCACGCAUUGCAUACAGUGUCUAGUAAUAUUUAAUAAAUUUAUUUUCCCUGUCAAGACGAUUUUAAUAUUGGUGAGAGAUUCAUAAACGAACCACAACAGAAAAGUGCUUUGAUUUCCGAGAAAUUGCCUGUGUGUGCGUGUAUGCCGGUUUGCUUGGAAAACAAUAACAAUCCAGCAAGCAAAUUCAAUUAUAAAUUGAAAUUGCUGAGAAACAAGGAACGAAACCAAAUGCGACAUUGCAUCUGCAGUAAAAAGCACACGGGCAAUUAAGAAUUGGAACAAAUGAUACGUGAAUCAACGGCAUAUACUCCCGCACUCGUUUCGGUUGAACUGAUUUUUGGCUUGAAAAGUGAAAUUCGUGUGUGCGUCAAACGUGAAGAAAGUGAUAGUUUUUUUUUAAAUAAAUAAAUAUUAUAUGUAUAAAGUUUAAAACGAAUAGAAAAAAAAGUAUUGUGAUCUCGUUGUGCACGGUUAAUUGUUACACCAGAAUAUUUUUUUCAUAGAUAAAAGAAGAAGAAACAAAGCAAAGCAAAAGCAAAAAAAAAAAGAAUUAUUAACAAACACAAAGAUAGUAAUCAAUAUAUAUACAUAGAGAUAUAAUUCAAAUUAUACGCCUAGAAGUCGUAAAAUUGCCGAUAGUUUAAUGAAUAUUUCACAACAAACGAACGGAGCACACGUUGCUGCGACAAAUAUGACAACACUGUUGCAAAAAAAUUGCAUAAAAACGUUGUCAGUGAAUAAUGGAGUUGUUGUCAUGGGGACGGCACCAAUUGGUAAUGCACCAAUGAUAAAUGCCAAUGUCGUACCGAUCACAACAAAUGUGACCGCCACUAAUUUGCAAACACACACAAUGAUCGCAAAUGCAUCACACAUCCAACCGAUCCAGGCAAUUCAAUAUCAACAAUUGCAAGCAGUUACACAGGCCCAACCACAGUACAUCAUUUAUAAUCCGAGCGAUGGUUCAAUGUUCCGGCCAGUCGUCACCACAACUGCGCCAGUCAAUGCAAUUGUCACCAGUUCUCUCUAUCAGCCUCAACAACAGACUUUUGUCACCGCACAAAACCAUUUACCAAAGAUAGGUGCAAUCAAAGCCACGACUCUGUGCUCAGGUGGACAGCAAAAAGUACUGAAUAUCGUUGCACCACAAAAACAACAAAAAUUUAUAGCAACCACAACGGCGCCGGCUACCAUCCAAAAUACAAACACAAUUCAGCAUAUCAAAACCGAACAUAGUGUGACACAUCCAAUCAUUCAGAAUGGUAGCACCGUCACCACCAGCACCACACACAAUAUCAUUAAUACGACGCCAGUCGCCAGCCAAAUUAUUAGCAGUAGAAAUCAAUCACCCGCAAUUCUAACUGAAUCAAUCAAGUCUGAAGCUCUAGUUACAUCAUCAUUUGUUUCAAAGGCUGCCACCAGUAAUACCAAUGUCCAAAUACCAAACAUUGCUACAACAAACACCGUCACUACAUCGAACGCUGCUGUUGUUGCCGCUACUGCUGCUGCUUCAAAUGCCGUUACUGGCAAUGCUCAGCAAAAUAAUAGAACAAACACAAUGUUAGAUACAAAUAAAACGGUCCCGAAAACGGAGACAAUUGAACAACCUGCCGUUACAACUGUAGCACCUGUAGAACAACCAACAAAUGAAAAUAACGAUGAUGAAAAUGAGCCUGAACCCGAAAUUGACAUUGUCAUCAAUAAUGUGGUGUGUUCGUUUAGUGUACGGUGUCAUUUGAAUCUACGUGAAAUUGCGUUGAACGGACGAAAUGUUGAAUUUCGAAGAGAAAACGGUAUGGUGACGAUGAAAUUACGACGACCGUAUACAACAGCAUCGAUAUGGUCAUCGGGUCGCAUUACAUGCACCGGUGCUACAUCAGAAGAUCAGGCAAAAGUUGGUGCUCGUCGUUAUGCACGGUGUUUGCAAGGUUUAGGAUUUCCGGUGCGUUUUAACAAUUUUCGUGUGGUAAAUGUGUUGGGCACGUGCAGCAUGCCGUGGGCAAUAAAAAUCGUAAAUUUUUCGGAAAAAUACAAAAAGGACGCUAGCUACGAACCAGAAUUGCAUCCCGGUGUCACGUACAAACUAAAAACACCAAAGGCAACACUAAAAAUAUUCUCAACGGGUUCUAUUACAGUGACAGCCGGCAGUGUAGCUGAUGUACAAGCAGCCAUCGAACAUAUUUUCCCAUUAGUUUAUGAGUUCCGUAAGAAGCGUACGCCCGUUGAGCCGGUACCAGCACCGGUUGAAGUGUUUGAUCCGGACAAUGAAGAUGGGCUUAACGAAAUAAUGGGCGAUGAAUCACGCAAUGGCAACAAUAAAAUCAUCAAAAAUAAAGCAAUCAAACGAAAAUAUCCGUUCGGUAUGUCUGAAAAUGAUCCACAUAUUGACAAUAUGAUUGUGUCCGAUGGUUCCGAUGACGAUAUGAACGACCUCGAAGAUGAUGAUGAUCUUUAAAAUUACUGUUGCUUAUACAACAUCAGCAACAGAAGCAGCACUUAAAUUCAAUGCUACAUUGUUUCAGCGAAGAUUUGAAUACAUUCAUAAAGAAGAAGAAGAAAAACAUGAUUUUUUUAAAUGUAAAAUCAAUUGCGCGAUUAGAAAAGAUUAAUAAGAAGAACACGUUGUAUAAAAAGAAACACGAAGAAAAUAAGUAAUAUACUCACCGAACGAAAAUGAAAACUGUUGACAAUUUGUACGCCAUUUGUCAAGUUGCUAUCACAAUAAUUGUGUUUUCGCUAAUCCAAACCAAAAACAAACAUGAAAAAUUGUAACAAAAAAAAAUGGUUAAACAAAAAAAAAAAAAA